AUUUGGUUUUUCUUUCUAUGUCUGCGAUUUUUGUCUUACGUUGGUUUGGUUAACAGGCAAUUGUCAGUGGUUUUGGAAACUAAAGCUAUGGUUAGCGAACUGACAAACAUGCUGUCCUACUUCUUGUUUUCCGGUUUGCUGGUAUCCAUUAUCACCGGAAGUUGUCUUCAAUACAUAAAGAGAUUGUUUAAAGGAAGAUCGGAUGAUUAUUCAAGAAAAGUUUAUCCACUUGUCAUCGCUCUCUCUACUUGCUGCAUAAUGUCUAUUGUGAUUUCAACCCUUGGAAUUGUCCAAUCACCGAACACGUUUUAUGCAGAGUUUUCCGUGAUUCCGUUUUUCAGAUCGCUGUUGUAUUCGACCAACAUGAAUUAUAUCGUCACAAUGUUUCACAGGAAAUGGACCAGUACAAUUUUUAGCAUAACAUUCGCUUUGGCCGGGGCAUCAACAAUUGCACAAUACUUCAUCUUCCGAUGGGUGGUAGAGUAUAAUGCGUUUCAAGAGAUGAACUACAUGAUGUUGGGCACGUCGUUUAUUUCAUUCGCUCUUCCGUGCAUGUUACUGCUGAAAAGAAAAACAAACGCCUCUAAAUUUGUAUCUCAAAACUGGUCUUAACUGCGUGUCUGAACAACACUCCUCUACACUCCUCCCCUCUACAUACACUUGUCAUUCUGUGAAAUGGUUGGUGAUGUGUACUGUUUAGUUUACUAUAUAGCGCACCACUUUCCUACUUAUAUGCUUUAUAUUUGAUUUGAAAUAUUCAUAUUGUAUCAAACAAACCAAAUGACCUAAGUAAAAAAAAAAGAUUGCAUAAUAGCUAUGUUUUAGAAGGAGAAAUAUGAUAGAAAUGUGAUUGUUUUAAUUGCUUCUCAGCUUUCGAUGACCUUAAUAUGAUUUGAUGGGAUUAUAUCAAUAAAUCUAUUUUAUUCAGAUCUCACUUAUGCUUUUUGUUCAUUCUUUUUUAUGAUUUAUUUUUUAGGGGAAGGGGGUCAAUUUGAGGUCCAGCAUAAUUCGCAACAUAAUUAGUAUGCAUGAACAUAGUAGGUUAAUGAACACUGGCGAAUUCAACAGAAAACAUUGUAAUCUUAAAGGAAGUGAACGCGAAAAAAAUAUUUGUUGCAUAAUAAACUUAAAAGACCUCCUGAAACUGACCAAUGUGGCCUAAAUUUAUUUUGCUUUUUUCUAUUACGAGAUUUGAGCAAUUAAACACUCUUAAGUUAAAGGUUGAUGGAGGUCAUCCAUUAUUUCCCAGUAUGCAUCUGUGCUCUGACGUAAAUGAGACACAUUACUGUUGACUGGGUCACUGUUAUACAGCAGAAGUUUAUGGAUUCAUAUUAGAAUUAAUGGAUAAGGUUUUGGAGCGAAAAGAAUUGAAAUCAACUCUAAUUUCAAUUGCAUUAAGAAAAAGAUGUCCAGCUCUUCCAACUUCUGAACUUAUUCAGAAGCACGUUAUAUUUCAAGAUUCCAGUUCAAUUAAUUUUAUUAGAUUUUAAAACAUUUUGGGAAAAUUAAAGUAUGUGACUGCGUCAUAAAAGUACUGCAAUAUCGGCAUGUAAUUUGUAACAUUUUAUAAUAAUUGAUGUACAUGGACCACAGAUAAAUUCUGGAGAUGCAAUUUACCAUUUUAUUUUUUAUUUACAUUAAGAAAUACUUAUUUAGAAUCUGUAUCAGAGUUUGAGGUUUCAAGAAAUCCUUUAUAAUUGCAGUGCUCUUUAGGAAAUGCUUCCUUAAUUUAUGUCACAACAAAUGAGAGUAAAACUACUCCGACACCCCCCCCCCCCCCCCCCGCCUCUCCCAAGAGGCUGACCGCGUCUGACCUAGUUGAUAAACUGCCUGCAGGCCAUAAAUCUUGAUAGCAUGUCUGCAACAGAAUUGUUACUGUGUUCUAUCACGCAUAUGUGUAAUUGGAAAUG